CCAUUGGGAAGUGUGGCCAUUAUUGAAGUGUGACAACACCCUGUCAGUGUGUUGUGAGGACAUAUCUCUAUGCCUGACCAUGCUGUACGGUGUUUUACUAUUUGUAUCAACAUUAACUGUAUUUUUUAGCUUCUUCCUUGUAUACAAAGUAACAGUUCUACAAGAUGAUAUUAACAAACUCAGAGGAGAUAUUUCAAACCUAAUGCCACAUUCUAAAGAAUCCACUGACAGGAUGAUCACUGGUAUGUCCAGAACAUGGGAGAGAUCAAAGCAAGCAGCUUCCCUAAAUUCACAGCAACAGAGACAGACAGAGAAAGACUCUCAGACUCUGUGUUCACCAACAGCAUCCUCUCUGAGAAUGAAAUGGGAGCAGGCAGGCUGUAGUGGAGGUACAGUAGUUCAGCAGUCGUUUCUGCAGCUGUCAGCCAACACAAAGGAACAGCCAUUUGUUAGAGGAAAUGUGACGGUGAUUCCUUGGACAGUUGCCUUGCAUCAAGGGGAAGCCAUCUCUUCCACUGGAGACAGAAUCAUCAUCCAACAAGAAGGCUUCUUCAUGGUGUUUGGCCAGGUGUUGUUCCAGAGUCCAGGCACCAUCAUGGGUCACAUAGUGCGUAGUCGAGGAACCAGUCAGAGAUCCACAGAGCUGCUCCGCUGUCUACAGGAGAUGCCCCAGACCAACUGUGCCAAUACCUGCCACACUGGAGGCAUGGUGAAGCUGGAGAGAGAAGACGAGCUGGAGCUGGUGAUCCCAGAUCGUCCCCAAGCCCAGGUCUCCAUGGACGCAGACUCAACCUUCUUUGGCAUCAUACGGCUGAACUGACUACCAGGAGACAGAAGUCACCAGCGGGAGGUGUGGGACUUGAUGCCAUGAGCAGGAUUAUGCUUUUUUUUUUGUGGAUGUCCUCCUCUGACAGGAUGAUGUGGAGUGGAAGAUGGGUGGGAGCAGAAGUGUUAUUUUUCUAAACUAUUUUCAUGUGAAUAAUCUGCCAGUAUGAAAUAGACCUUGAAUGCUGUUGUGCUGAGUAUGGGUGAUGUCCAGCGUACGUUAAAUGUUUUGUUUCCAUAUGUGUCAAUAGUUCAAGUGUAAUAAAGUUUUCUGGUAGUCCUGGUCCACCUGGUUGGUUGUGUGCUAUGCAUAACUCUAUCAACAGGGUUUUCUCUGUGUGUGUGUCUGUGUGUGUGUGUGUGUGUGUGUGUGUGUGUGUGUGUGUGUGUGUGUGUGUGUGUGUGUGUGUGUGUGUGUGUGUGUGUGUGUGUGUGUGUGUGUGUGUGUGUGUGUGUGUGUGUGUGUGUGUGUGUGUUCUGUCAUCACAGAGUAUUUCUGUGUGUUUGUUGAUACCUUUCAGGAUUUCCUUCCUCCCACUCUCCUCGUUUAUUUAUUCUUCCUUUCUAUUUCGGAAAGGUUUCUGUUUUCCCAGGACUAUAGCAGGAACAAACAGAGGAUAAAUAUACCUGGAUAGGUUCCGUUUCCCCAGGACUAUAGCAGGAACAAACAGAGGAUCAAUAUACCUGGCUAGGAGGGACAGAUUUUCCAGACCGGUUGACAUAAAAUCUAUUCUAAAUGACACAAUAAUUGUGAUUAUCAAACAUGUCACAUGUCUAAAUAAGGACAUGUUUUAUGGUUAUUUUCAAUGCCACAGCCCAUUUUAUUGUAUUUUUAUUUUUAUUUCUAUUCUAUAAAAGAGCUUAUUUUGAUACACUAAUAACAAACGUGUCAAUAAUAAUACGUGUAAUUUCUGUCCGUCUCCGACUUGUAGAUAUGUAUCUCUGUAGUGUAACAAUGUGUAAUGAGUUUGUUGAGUAAACAGAAGGUCCACAAAGCG